AUGUGGAGCCUAAGGCAUUCCCAGCGAGCGCCUCUCCGCGAUAGCUGCGGGAUAGGUUCUCGGCAAAUUAAACUCCAGAGAUGGAAAGGUUUGCCGCUGGCUUGUCCUUUCAAGGGUAUCCUUAACUCAAGUUCCGUAGAUGAUUUGCCGUUUAAGGGCUUUCCACCCGGGAAGCCAUACAAAUUACUCCUUGGUUUGCAACACCCUGAAGAUCCCUGGCUUGAUGUCGACGAAGACGACAACCUUCUAGUCGAUCAGUUGAAGCAACGUGCUGCUCACAUACGCGAUCGGCGGGACGCCGUAAUUCAACUUUCGGGCGAGCCCCGCGCACGCGAGGCCAGCUGGGAGCUGCUGCACCAGCUGAUGGACGAGCUGCCCGCCCGCUACCCGAGCCGCUUCGCCCUGGAGGGCCCCGUCAUAAGGAACCUUCUGACAGGUAACAGCGGUACAGGCGAGUCCUUCGACACGGCCGCCCCUGGAGUGGAGCCCCUGGAAGUAAUAGGCAGAAUCACACAGGAGGACUACUGCCUUCUGGCACCUCCUGAUUCUGAUCCUGGUGGCGGUGGUGGUGGUGGCGGUGAUGGCGGUGCACCGGGAUCCUCCUCCUACCGGCUGGUGGGGGGAGUGGUGUGUUUCCCCGCGCACUGGAGCGUGCUGGAGAAGCUAGGGAUGGAGCUGCCGGAUAUACAUGACCCGGUGCCCCGAUGGAGGCGGAUGCACCCAAUUGUUUUUUGGACGCCUACGUCAGCCGUGGACCAAGUCCCCCCCCCUGGAGCUGCCAAGGACAAUGCUGACACCGCAGACGUUCUGCAGCUCAGACUUUCCCGUACGGGCUAUGUGGUAUUCACCAUCCGUACGUACAUGCAGCCGCUGAGGCAGGCCGUACAGGGCCGACCCCGAGUGGCGGCGGCGCUGGCGGGCGCGCUACGCGACCUACCGUACGAGCACCUGCAGUACAAGUCCAAUUUACAAAAGCGCAUGCCGGCGCUCUUGGAGCUAUUGGAUAGCGUCGCGAUGGGGACGGACACGGCGGGUACGACAACGGCGACGACCGCUACACCGGCAGCGACGACGGCGGCGGUAGCUGCGGGGUCUGCCAUGUAA